AUGACGAACCCCAACUCAACAUUUGCCCAGGCGCAAGCCCGCCUCGCCGCCCGCCGACAAGAGCGCGAAACCGAAGCCAGAGCCCGUGCCGCAGCGGCACAGUCGGCAUCCCGUUUGCGCACAAAACUAGCCUCAUCCUCAUCGCCGCUGCUGCGAGGUCUUGGCAACUCGGCAUUGGAAUUCUGGGACGCCGCCACAUCUCGCGAAGGCACCAGGCCGGCUUUCCGCGUGGGUCAGGUCGACGCCGAGCUGCUGGACGAAGAGCUUCUGGGCCAACUGCGUUCUCAGGUCAGCGAGGGACUGCGAUACCUAGGCGGCGGCGGCGGCGGCAGCAGCAGCAAUAGGUUGGGGGACGACUGGGCACCCGAGAUACUGCUGGCCCUGCGCGCGGUGCUCUUCAAGCUUACGAUAUGGGACCACGACGCGACUUAUGGCGCUGCACUGCAGAAUUUGAAGUACACCGACGCAAGGAAUAAAAGCUCGGUCCCGGUGCCACCAUCUCGACUGCAAAAGGCCCUCUACGGCACUGUGACUGUUUGCGGCAAAUACGUGUGGACCAAGUGGGAAGACUGGCUUAUAGAUCAGGAUAAUGGUGCCUACGGCAGCCAGCAAGCGAGGCCGAUGGUACAGCGGCUGUCACGUCUGACAGAACUGGCUUCCAACAUACAUGCGGCGGGUGCCCUUGUGUCAUUCAUGGCCUUUCUCCUCAAUGGGCGAUACCGGACAUUGCUGGAUAGAAUACUACGGAUGCGGCUUGCGCCGCCAACAAGUCAGGUCAGCCGUGAGGUUUCGUUUGAAUACCUCAACAGACAACUAGUGUGGCAUGCAUUUACAGAGUUCUUGCUCUUCGUCCUUCCCCUCAUCGGCAUAAAUAGAUGGCGCAAGUGGAUCACGCGAACCUGGCGGCGCACCAAGGACGCCAUCACCGCAGGCACAGGUGGCGAGGACGAAGAGGGCGGCGAUAAGAAGGGCGAGUUUGCGUUCCUGCCAGAGCGCACGUGCGCCAUCUGCUACCAGGACCAGAACUCCGGUGCCAAUACCGAGGAAGAGAUACUGGCGGCAGCGGCAGCAUCAAGCGGCGUAAUUGGAUCCGCACAGACAGACAUUACAAAUCCAUACGAGACAAUACCAUGCGGCUGUAUAUACUGCUUCGUUUGUCUGGCCACGCGCCUGGAAAGAGAGGAGGGUGACGGCUGGGUCUGUCUGCGAUGCGGAGAGCUGGUCAAAGAGUGUAAGCCCUGGAGCGGGGACGUGCUGGAACCGAAAUCUUCAAAUAAAAGAUCACCAGGUACAAAGGCAGUUGCCUUCGUAGACGAUGUGGUUGUGGUAGACGAUAUGCCAAGAGACACGAUGUCUGUCUCUGACAAGGUUGAUGCGUCGGAAGCAACUGGACCAAUGACUGGGAAGGACAGCCUAUAUCGCGAAAGCGAUAGUAGCUCGGAUGAAGGAGGCUCAGAAGCCUAUGAAGAGGAGGAAGACGAGCUGGGCGAAGACUUGCGUCACUAG